AGACGCCUCAGCCACGCAAGACCCUACUUACGACCACUACUAGUGAUAUCUUUUCUUAGCAUCUCUUUAGAUAACCCCUCUGGCAAAAUGAGUCCUAUUAACAGUCUCUGGUUCAAGUGGAAAGGCCUCCGAUUGCCGUGGCGAAGGUCGUUUCUGGCCGGCUCCGAUCUGUCCGGAAAUACCUACUGGGAAUUCAAGGAGACACUCAGUGCUUCGCGAUUACGGCGCAUUGUCAGAUACAACCCGAAAACUCACUACGCGGACAUCAAAGUCUCCCCACAAUGGCACCAAUGGCUUCGAUACGUCCGCGCCGAUCCCCCAUCCAUCGAAGAACAACAACAAGACGUCGUGCGCCAAAUCCAAAUGAAGCACCUGGCUCGUUUGGCCGAUGAACGCUGGGCCAGUAAACCAUCCUACCUCGAUAAACCCCAGACCCAGCAACCGGAACCGGCAUUACGUACAAGCGAUCCUACGCUACGGGGACCCGAGGAGAACGCGCCUCCCACACAAUCAGAGGGGACAGAGUCGACGACGGAGCAAGUGAGGAGGCACGCAGAAAAGAAGAAUCCCUGGGCUAAGGCCAAUGCUGGGAAUCCGAGUGAUUCCUGGCAACCAGAACCAUGGACGCCAACUGCUGCUCGGAAGUGAACAGUACGGAGUCCCAUGUUGGAGUUAUCGCAUAUCCUAUGGUUAUUCGGCGUCGAGAUUUGCACAUCACGGUAUUCAUGUAUUAUAGUAGUAUUUUCUCUGUAUAGUACGGACUUCACGACAGAAUCUACCCCAUACACAAAAAUUGUAGGUCCUAUCACUGGACUUCGGGUUGCCCAAUCAAACGAGUCGGGUUUACAAGAACCACGCUAGGCCUGUUAAAACGAUUGGGUCCCACUUUCCGUUUUGGGUAAAUGGGAACUAUGUAUUGGUAGUAGAUUGAAUCGCUACCCAUUUCCUCUUGAAGGUAGUGAAAUGAGG